AUGACACAGUUUGUGGCUUUUGCUUUCUGCUUGUGCCUGUCCUCUGUGAGCGCAAGCUGGUUUCGAUCUGAUCCUCCGGUUGCCACAUCAGACGGCAGAGCUAUCGACCAGUCGUGUCUAGCUUUGGCCGACCAAGGAAGCUGCGACUUCUACUCGUGCUUUGAGAGACGGCUGCCCUGUGGUCGGGACUGGUACAUCCUGAAGACUGGCCUUUAUUACUGCAACAAAAUCGAGAGGCAGAAAGUCAGCUUUUCCCCUGAAGGUCAACAGUUUCUGUCCAACGCUCAACGAUGCUUGACCCAGUCUCUCAAGGACAUGUACCAGAGAGACUAUGUCGACUGUCACGAUCUGGAGCACGAUGCCGUGGCCAACAUCACCCGCUGCUUUACUGGUUUCUGUGAUGUCUUCGAGUCGGACUCCGAGCAUUUCCUUGAAAUUUACGAGAUCAGAGAUCUCUUCUCCAGAGGGGCUGGCAAAGUCUGGCGCCAAAUCGUUUUACUGGCCACCAGAUGUGGAGGCGAUGCACUGAGGGAAUUUACUUCCAAUGCCAGGCAGUCUGCGAUUCAGUUUUAUCAGCUCCCUGACUGA